UUUAAUAAUUUUAUCUGGUCAAUGUUAGACUAAAUAAUGGCUGUGUGUACAUUUUCGAAGACAGGACACAUCCCAUAUAUUUUUUCUCAGGCUUUCAAGUUAAAUGCAAAUGUUGCAUGUAUAAAAUGCCGCCGCUAUGCUAAAUUAACUGAUGAGCAGAAAGAAAAACUGGCUGAAGGGCCUGGAUUGGAAGAUUUCAUUCAAAAUGAAGGACAAGAAAAAUAUUCUGGUCAUGAGAGUAUUAAAAGAGUUAAAGGAGAAAGAUUGCGUUUGCCAGAUUGGUUGAAAACAGAAAUACCCAUUGGAAAGAAUUAUGUUGCAUUGAAAAAGUCCCUGAAAAAACUGAAUCUCCAUACUGUGUGUGAAGAAGCCAAGUGUCCCAAUAUAGGUGAAUGCUGGGGUGGGGGCGAACAUGCAACAGCCACAGCUACAAUUAUGAUUCUUGGGGAUGAAUGUACCAGGGGCUGCAGAUUUUGUUCAGUCAAGACAUCGCGCAGCCCCCCACCACCAGAUCCAAUGGAACCAGUAAAUACAGCCACGGCUAUUGCUGAAUGGGGUCUAGAUUAUGUCGUCUUGACCUCAGUUGAUAGGGAUGAUCUACCUGAUGGUGGUUCCCUGCAUUUUGCCAACACAGUGAGGGAAAUCAAGUCCAGAAAUAAAAACAUCCUUGUAGAGUGUUUAACGCCAGACUUCAGGGGAGAUAAGGAAGCUGUUGCUGUUGUGGCAGAUUCUGGUCUAGAUGUGUAUGCACAUAAUGUGGAGACAGUGGAGAGUUUACAAUGGUUGGUGCGAGAUCCACGAGCCAACUACCAACAGUCCUUGUCUGUGUUACAGUUUGUCAAGUCUAGAAACCCAAAAAUGAUCACCAAAACGUCCAUCAUGCUGGGUUUGGGUGAAACAGACGACCAAGUCUUGAAAACUCUGGAAGAUCUACGUGAGAUUGGUGUAGAUUGUUUAACCUUUGGCCAGUACAUGCAACCAACCAAAAGACACUUGAAGGUGAAGGAGUAUAUCCAUCCAGAUAAAUUUAACUAUUGGCAGGAAGUUGGAAACAAGUUAGGUUUUCUCUAUACAGCGAGUGGUCCAUUGGUCAGGUCUUCUUAUAAGGCUGGCGAGUUUUUCAUGAAGAAUUUGUUAAAAGAAAGGAAAUCACAAACACAGGAAUGAUGGGAAAUGGCUGCAUCUUAGUAUUUUUUACUUGGGUUCGAUGCUGACUGGACUUAGGUCCCCAACAUUUAGCCGCUCCACAUAAUGGAUUCAGGGAAUUCUAUUUUUAAAAAAUGUAGUAAAUUAUAUUGUGUGUGGUUCAAUGAUAUUAAUUUAUAAUAUAUGUGCACAAUAAAAAGAAUGGUAUCAUGCAGAAAAUAAUGAA